CACUGCUCGGUCAUGAUCAUUGCGCCGACUUCCUCCUGCGCUCUGUCUGUGUAGCGCACUUACCAGUUAGAACACUGCCCACUCACCACGAAUCAAAGUGACGGGAUGGAGGAGCCGACCUAAAGGAUCGCUUUGACAAAUUAAAUAGAUACCUACAUUACAAAACCAAAUAGAGACGUCGGUGUAAACCUAUACGAACAGACAGCUGAAAAAAGUCUCGCCAUGGGCUGUGUGGGGUCCAAAAAGGAGCAGGAUGCUGUGGGCAAGGCCCUGGGGAGUGAAGACUCCUCAAACCGCACCCUGCCGCCACACUAUGUCAAAGACCCCACAGCAGGCACAAAAGCAAAUAGAACGAACUCCAGCAUGCCCUCGUCCAGCGCCGACAGUCCAGAUAACAUCGCCGUUGCUCUGUACGACUAUGAGGGCGUCCAUGAAGGAGACCUCGGCUUCGUGAAAGGAGAUAAGCUCAAGAUCCUUGAGGAAUCAGGUGAAUGGUGGAAAGCCAGGCUUAUCAGCAGUGGCCAGGAUGGCUUCAUACCCAGCAACUACGUGGCCAAAGACACCCUGGAGACUGAGGACUGGUUCUUUAAAGGCGUGAGCAGGAAGGACGCAGAGAGACAGCUUCUGGCCUCAGGGAACAAAACUGGGUCCUACAUGAUUCGAGACAGUGAGACCACCAAAGGCAGCUACUCCCUGUCAGUGAGGGACAGCGAUGGCCACUCUGUGGACACGGUCAAGCAUUACAAGAUCCGCACCCUGGACAACGGCGGCUUCUACAUCUCCCCUCGCAUCACUUUCUGCACCUUGCAGGAGCUGGUCGGCCACUAUAAGAAGCAGGGCGAUGGCCUGUGCCAGUCCCUCACUAGCCCCUGCAUCAGCCCCAAACCCCAGAAGCCCUGGGAGAAGGAUGCAUGGGAGAUCCCACGAGAGUCUCUCAAACUGGACAGGAGGCUGGGCGCCGGGCAGUUUGGAGAAGUCUGGAUGGCGAUGUAUAACAAGCACACCAAGGUGGCGGUGAAGACCAUGAAGCCUGGCACCAUGUCCGUGGAGGCUUUCCUCAUGGAGGCCGAGCUCAUGAAGUCACUGCAGCACGACAAGUUGGUGCGCCUCAACGCGGUGGUCACCAAGGAAGAGCCCAUCUACAUCAUCACAGAGUACAUGGAAAAGGGCAGUUUACUAGACUUCCUCAAGAGCGAUGAAGGAAACCGGAUCCAACUCCCGAAACUCAUUGACUUCUCUGCUCAGAUUGCCGAGGGCAUGGCUUACAUUGAGUUGAAGAACUACAUCCACAGAGAUCUCCGUGCAGCCAACAUCCUGGUCUCAAAGACACUGGUGUGCAAGAUUGCUGACUUUGGUCUGGCGCGCAUCAUAGAGGACAAUGAGUACACCGCCAGAGAAGGUGCUAAGUUCCCCAUCAAGUGGACUGCGCCAGAGGCCAUAAACUAUGGCUCAUUUACCAUCAAAUCAGAUGUCUGGUCCUUAGGCAUCCUGCUCAUGGAGAUCAUCAGCUACGGACGCACCCCUUACCCAGGCAUGACUAACCCGGAGGUGAUUCGCUCUCUUGAGAGAGGUUACCGCAUGCAGCGUCCAGACUCGUGUCCACAGGAACUGUAUGACAUCAUGCUGGAGUGCUGGAAGAACAAGCCGGAGGACAGGCCUACCUUUGAGUACCUGCAAAGUGUGCUGGAGGACUUCUACACAGCCACGGAGAGCCAGUACCAACAACAGCCAUGAGAUGUCAUUUGGUCUCUCACACAGACAACCCCUUUAUCUGGACACACACACACACACACACACACACACACACAAACAUAAAUACAUCUUUUAGUGAACAUAAAUUACCAGGGAACCAGUGGUCUCUAUGAUGCAAAUUCAUAGAGUGUGUAGUAAGUAGAAAUACCUCUUUCAGAGUGCCUUACAUAAUAUUAACCUAUUAAAUUGCUGUCUAGAUCCACAUUUACCACUUUUUCAGGAUACUUAGUAUCAAUUAGAAUAUUUUAUAAAUGCAUUUAUCCCCUACAUUAAAACAGUCAUGUUAUAGCCAGUUAACAUAUCUAGAAAAAAGUUGAAAUGAAUGAAACAAAUUCAAAGAAUAUUUUCUGAUUACAACCUAUAUUAGGUUUUUUGUUUUGACCUAAAGUAAAUCUCACACACACACACACACACACACACUGAGAGAGAGAGAGAGAGAGAGAGAGAGAGAGAAAGAGAAAGAGAGAGAGUGAGUCUGUUUCUUAUGUUUUUUUUUUUUCAAUCUGUAGCUCUACUGUCUUUCCCAACGUCUUAAAGUUAGUUUUUAGGAAAAGUUUAAGUUACUUUGAUUAACUGUGGUGUGUUAAGUUUAUGCAAGGGAUAGGCUAAUGGAAAUUCGUUCAUGCGAAUGCGUUCGGGUAGCAGAUAAUAGGCUAAUGCUUGUUCGAGGUGGCAAUUACUCCACAAUGCGUUUUCUGUCAGUAGUGGAUGGUGCCCAGUAACUUUUCAGGUUACACCUGUAGCCAGUGACGGACACGAUCUGCCUGUUCUCCAUAUGUUUGAGAACUUGGAGAACUUGGCGAAUUGACAUAGGCUACAGGUGUGAUACUGUCACCUACUUCAUAGGUGUGCAAAUAUCAAAACUUAAUUGACAUUCUAAACAAUGCGUUACAAUAGGAAAUCCAACCAAGCCAUGGUAUAAUAUUGCUUUUAAUAGGCUAUUUGUAUUAUACGGCUCCUCAGAAUGUUGCAAAAAGUUUUGAAUUUAAAUGGGCCACCAAAACUUUCGGAGGUUUGAUAUUGCAAAACAUUAUUGACCGGGUUUUGUGCAUCUAAUUUACAUCUUGCAUAUCAUUUCGCAAGUUGUCCGUUCAAUCAACGUAACUGAAAUCCAUUGUAACUUCAAGUCAGCAAGUAAAAGGUUGCUACGCCACACAUGACACUUUUAAAGUUCUGUUUGCGUGGAGAACUAUUUUUUUAGCGGAAGUUACGAAACGGCAACAAAAUCAUAAAAAAAAAAGUUUUUUUGGAGGAAUGUCUUAUCGUUUUGGCAAGUAACCGUAUAAUAAGCCGUCGUCCCGUCUGACCGGAGGAGUGUACAUUAUCCCUUUCCUAGCUCGCUGCAUUUGAUAAGUGUGUGUGUUUUUUGGGCAUAGUGAACUUUGAAGCCUUAGAAAUGUAUAUUUACAUGUAUUUAUUUCAUAAUAACAGACUCUUUCUGCCUUAGUUAAUGUUAACAUUAAUAUAUUUUAUAACAUUACAUGAAUAUUUAUCUCAGGGGUGAUCAGGUUCUUGCUUGUAAUUUUUAUUAUUCGGUUUUGAUUUAUCAAGUUUAAAUCAUUUAUCAAAUGUGAACUCAAUAAAGUCUCAAAGAUUAA